AUGGGACGAUGCGAUGUUGACAACGAUGAGUUUGAGAGCGAUCUCGAGAGCUCAGUGGAAGCGGAAGAGGCGGAAGUACCAGCCGCGCCUAGCACACCCAAGCGCGCAAGGUUGGCGCCAGAAGUGAUGCCCCUCGGUCUCGAGAGGACCGAUUACCAUGACCUCCACUGCGCACAAGCCGAACUUGGUGAGGGCCUUGGUAUAAGUCAAAGCCAUGGGGGCGUCGAUGAGUGGACCACAGAAGACGACAGGAUUCUGGUUGAGCUUGUGCUUGAAAAGUUGAAGCUGAGCAAGUCCGACUGGCAAGACUGUGCUCGGAGUCUGGGGAAGGAUCGCAACAGCGUUGGACGCCGUUGGAGGAGCUUGAUGAUCAACGGCGACGUUGGCCUCAAGACUAGGAGUAGCCGGCGUGCGAAGCUUCACUCUACCUGGAGGUAA